CCGGCCACCGCUCGUUCCCUGUGUUAUUUGUGAUUACAGUUUAGUGGAAACAUGCGAUGUAUAUUUAAGUGGCUAGCCUAUUACGAGUAGAAUCUGUGAAUCCGGCAUUGUCUCAAGAGGUUAGAUAACAUUAAAAUAAAUUGCGGUGACAAUUGCGUUGUUUAUCAGAUUUCGCUCAGCGCGGGUUCAGAAGAGUACAGCAGUUCACGUUUUAACAAAAUUAGUAUCAAGAUGGUUGCCGAUUUUACGAAUAAAGUUGUGUUGGUGACCGGCGCGAGCGCGGGAAUCGGGGAGGCCAUCGCGCUGUUGUUUGCGAAGCUUGGCGCGAACUUGGCGAUCGUGGGCCGGGACGCCGGGAACCUGGGGAGCGUGGCCAAGCGCUGCCAGGCCGAGAAAGGCCUGGCCCCGCUGGCGAUCGUAGCCGACUUGGCCACGGAUGCCGGCUGCGACAAAACUGCCAAGGACACCCUCGCGCAUUUUGGAAGGCUAGAUGUGCUGAUCAACAACGUGGGCGUGGGCGCGCGCACGUGCAUCCAGCGCGCCGACAUGGAGACCUUCGACCGCGUGUUCAGCACCAACGUGCGCGGCGUGUACAACCUCACGCGCCAGCUCGUGCCCGCGCUCGUCAAGAGCAAAGGCAACAUCGUCAACAUCUCCAGCAUCGCCGGCACCUGCGUGUCUGUGGGCAGUCUGCCCUACGCCAUGUCCAAGGCGGCGCUGGACCACUUCUCGAAGCUCAUCGCGCUGGAGCUGGCGCCGCUGGGUGUGCGCGUCAACACCGUCAGCCCCGGUGUCACUAUAAGCAAGUUCGUGCAGCGUCUCACGGACUACACGGAGGAGCAGUACCAGGCGUGGCUGCAGGAGGCCUCGGGCUCCAUCCCGCUGGGGCGCGUGUGCUCGGGAGAGGACAUCGCCAAGAUGGUGGCGCACCUGGCCAGCGACGAGCUCAGCGCGCUCGUCACCGGCACCGUGGUGCAGGUCGACGGAGGCCUGCAAUACUCCAGCGUCGGCGGGCUGAUGCAGAAGCAGAUGAAGUAGCACUUCAGUGCUUAAUAGAAAUUAUCAACUUGAAAAUGCUUUAUGAAUACAAUAAAAUGGACCAAAAAUGUUGUUAAUUUAAAAACUCUGACGGUUACAAAGAACUUAAAAACAUGUU